UGGACGAGGUGGGCGGGCGAGGAAUGCGGUCUAUUGGCUGCGCAUUUGGUGCAUGUUAAUGCUCAUUUAUGGCUCCAUUAUUGUGAUGCAGAGCGGCUGGAGCGCGCUGCAUCUGCUGUGCAAGAACAAGAGCGGGGGCGACGCGGACCUGGUCCCGAGCAUCCAGCAGCUCCUGACGGCCAGGGCCAACGUGAAUCUGCAGACGACGGUGUGUGAAGUUGUCUAGCUGGUGGGUUAUUUUGCGAUAGGUGUGAGCUGAGCUUUAAUUGCCUUUGCAGGACAACAAGAAGACGCCGCUGCAUUUUCUGUGUGAGAACGAGGCCGUCUCAGCGGACGCUCUGGAGGCCAUCCUCAAGGCCAAGCCAGACACCAGCGCUGUGGACGAGGUGCAAGCGGCUCUACCUUGUGUGGUAUAUAUUGCAGUGUAGUGGAGUAUGGCUGAUGUCUUGUUUGCUUCCAGGACGGCAACUCUCCGCUUCAUUAUCUGGCGGAGAACAGCUAC